AUGUUUAAAAUUAAUCGGGAUUUAUUGUCCAAAAACAAAUAUACAGCAUUAUCAAUAGUUGCCAGUGUUGGUUUAUUGAUGCUGGCUUUUAGAAAGAGGAAAAUUAAUCCUUUUGAAUCUACAUACAGAAGAGUAGCGUAAGAGAUUCAAUAAAAAGUUCUAACAGCAAGGUAUGUGAUAUAGACAGAGUUAAAGUUAUCUAAUGAAGAUAAAACCCUUAUUUUAAACAGUUCUAUUCCCUAAAUUCACAAGUUUUAUGAAUCUAAAAAGUUUACAUGUUUGGAUGUAUUAUUAACAUUUUUGGAAGUAUCAUUAGAAAAAGGAUUCAAAAUGGGCUAUUUGAAUGAUGUUAAUUUCGAGGAUGCCAUAUAAAAGGCGAGAUAGUUGGAUUAGGAGUUAAAAAAUACAAAUUAUAAGAUAGAAAAUAUGCCUUUAUUUGGAAUUCCCAUAAGUGUGAAAGACACCUUUAUUGUAAAAGGAACAUAUCAAGCCUUUGGGUGUGGUGCUUAUGCUUAAAAGAGAUCAGAAAUAGAUGGAAUACAAGGAUAUUUAAUAAAUAAAUCAGGAGGAAUAAUAUUUGCAAAAACAAAUUUACCAUAAUUUGGAUUUUCAUACGAAAGUUGGAAUUAUUUAUUUGGAAGAUCAAUCCAUCCCUAAGAUCCUUAAAGAACCUCUGGUGGUUCAACAGGAGGAGAAGGUGGAUUGCUUGCAGUGAAUGGUUCUCCUUUGGGAUUGGGAAGUGAUAGUGGUGGAAGUAUAAGAAUACCUUCUCAUUUUUGUGGAUUGUAUGGAUAUAAACCAAGUGCUAAAAGGUUGAUAAUGAGAGGUUAGGCAAAGGGUGUUCCAACAUGGGAUGGAAUUAGGAAUAUUGCAUCAUGUUAUGGUCCUAUGGCUAAGCAUUUUCCAAAUUUAGUGAAUAUGAUGUAGGCAUUGACAACCAACUAUGAAUAGGCUCCAAUUAACAUAAAAGACAUCAAUUUUGUGAUGAAGACAUUCGAUGAGAAGGAGUGUUAUAACAAUAAUAAGAAAUAUAAGAUAGGAGUUUUAAGGAAGAUCAAUCUACUUUUACCAUGCAAGGCAAAUUAAAGAGCUUUAGAUAUGGCAGUAGAGAAAUUGAGAGCAUAAGGACACACAGUUAUAGAAUUUGACAUUGAUUAAAGUAUUUAUGAGAAUGUUUUCUAACAUGUUUAUGAUGUGAUGUUAGGUGAUGGAGGAAUGAAAGGAACUUAUGAAUUAUACAAAGGAGAACCAUGGAUUACUCAUUUUGAUAAUUUUAAGAAGGCCACUCAAUCAUGUCCUCUUUGGAAGAAGAUCUAUUAGAAAUGGUUGAAAUUAUAGAAUCGCAAAAGAGAAUUGAUGAUUUGGAAAGCAGGAGACCAUGGAUUAUCAUACUAUGAGAAUCUUCAAAUAACAACAAGAUUGACAGCAAGUCAAAUUUAAAUGAUAUAGAUUUGGCAUGAUUUAUAAUUAGAUGCAGUCAUAAGUCCUGUGACUGCUGGAGUAGCUGUUAAACAUAAUACUGCAUAACAUUGUUUUAGUGGAAUAUGUUACACAUUCUUCUGGAAUAUGAUUGAUUUUAGUUGUGGAUCAGUUCCUAUUACAACUGUUUAGGAGGAUGAGCAAUACUACAAUGAAGAAUCAUUGUUUGGUGCAAAGGAUAUCGAAUAUAAGGUCUUAGAAGAAACUAUGAAACACAGUGCAGGAUUGCCAGUCGGCAUUUAGGUUAUCUCAAAACCUUUGGAAGAUGAAGUUUGUUUAAAUAUAAUGAGAUAAUGUGGAUAAUGA